GCAGACCCCGGAAGUGUCGUCGCGGUUGCUGCAGCUUGAUGCUAACAGGCGGGAAGAUGUCGUCUUCUGUUGGCCUGUUUAAAAGCCGUUUGUCGGCUGUUUGUCCGGCUGCUUUCACUUCAAUGUUCGGGAGGAGUCACCCGGUGAGACGACCCGCCGGCGGACGGUGGAUGUCCCGCACUCAGACAGGUGAAAACCUUCGACCACUGGAGGGCGUCAGAGUGUUGGACCUGACGAGAGUUCUGGCCGGGCCCUUCGCCACCAUGAUCCUGGGAGAUCUGGGAGCUGAAGUGAUCAAAGUGGAGAGACCAGGUGCAGGUGAUGACACCAGAGCCUGGGGUCCUCCGUUUGUCGGCUCAGAGAGCGCCUACUUCCUCAGCAUCAACAGAAACAAAAAAAGUAUUGCUGUGGACCUGAAACAUCCCAGAGGAGCAGAGAUCAUCCAGGAGCUUGCAGGAGUGUGUGACGUGCUGGUAGAAAACUACCUCCCAGGGAAACUCCAUCAGAUGGGUUUAGGAUACGAGCAGCUGAGCAGAGUGAACCCACAGCUCGUCUACUGCUCCAUCUCAGGUUAUGGACAGACCGGUCCUCAGUCUCAGAGUCCUGGCUACGACUCCAUCGCCUCUGCUGUGUCAGGGAUGAUGCACAUCACCGGCCCAGAGGACGGUGAGCCGGUGCGUCCAGGUGUCGCCAUGACAGACCUGGCGACGGGGCUGUACGCACACGGAGCUGUCAUGGCCGCCCUGCUGCAGCGACACAGGACGGGCAGAGGAGCUCACAUCGACUGCAACCUGCUGUCCUCACAGGUUUCCUGUCUCAGCCAUAUUGCUGCUAACUAUCUGAACGCAGGCAAGGAGGCGAGGCGCUGGGGGACGGCCCACGAGAGCAUCGUACCUUACCAGGGCUUCAAAACCAAAGACGGACACGUCGUCGUCGCCGCAGGAAACGACAAACAGUUUGUCAAAGUCUGUCAGGUUUUAGAGCUGAUGGAGCUCACAGAGGAGCCGCGAUACAAAACCAACAAACUGAGGGUCCAAAACCGCAAACAGCUGCUGCACACACUGUCACAGAGGUUUCUGCAGGAGAAGACAGCUGAUUGGCUGAGGAGGUUUGACGGCUCAGGUGUUCCUGUUGGACCAAUCAACAGCAUCCAGGAAGUCUUCUCUGACCCACAGGUGAAACACAACGGUCUCAUACAGGAGAUGGACCAUCCAACAUCAGGACGCAUCUCUGUACCAGGUCCGGCGGUUCGAUUCAGCAGCUUCACCCCCGGCGGUCCGACGCCUCCUCCUCUGAUUGGUCAGCACACUGUGCAGGUGCUGCGGGACACCUUGUCCUACAGUGAUGACAUCAUUAAAACGCUGCUGGAGUCGCGGGCGGUCGCCCAGAACACAGUGUCCUGAUUGGCUGAGAGAUAUUGAUCCGAGUGAUUGAUUCAGACAGAUUAUCAGAGAUCUGAGCUUUAGUCAGGCUGCAGCUCCACAGCUUUGAUUUUCACACACACAAAACAGUAAUCAGUAUUAUUUUUGAAAUGAAGAAGUUUCAUCACACUAUGUUUUCAAGUCUGGAGUUUACGACAAACUGAGCAGAAGUCAUCAGAAAACAUCACGUUCUGCACAGGUGCAGGUGAACAAAGGUGGUGAGUGUGUUUGAUAUAUUGAUCUGUUGACCUGUAAAACACCUGACUCUAACUCUUUGAACACUCCCCGUCUUCUCAGUUGUCACUUCACUGCGUGUUAUGAUUCUUUAUUGCACUUCAAUGAACUGUUUUUAUGAAAAGCUGCUUUUGAAUAAAACAAUCUAAAUGAUA